ACUGCCAGUGCUGGUGACGUUGUCUUCAAGUUAAGUCUCAGAAGGAAAAAAAAGCACGGGGACAACAAAGAGAGGAAGUGGCCUGGGCCGGCCCACCCGAGGCAGCAGCAGGGACAGCGGCUGCGGCAGCACUCGAGCCAGCUCCAGUCACAGUUCGCCCGGAGAGUCAGGCCCCUGUCCCUGCCCACAGCCAUGGACGUCUUCAAGAAGGGCUUCUCCAUCGCCAAGGAGGGUGUGGUGGGCGCCGUGGAGAAGACCAAGCAGGGGGUGACAGAGGCUGCUGAGAAGACCAAGGAGGGUGUCAUGUAUGUGGGAGCCAAGACCAAGGAAGGUGUUGUGCAGAGUGUGACCUCAGUGGCUGAGAAGACCAAGGAGCACGCCAACGCUGUGAGCGAGGCUGUGGUCUCCAGUGUCAACACCGUGGCCACCAAGACCGUGGAGGAAGCAGAGAACAUCGCGAUCACCUCCAGAGUGGUGCACAAGGAGGACCUGCAGCAACCUGCCCCCUCGCAGGAGGACGAGGCAGGCAAAGUGGAAGAGGAAGUGGCUGAGGCGACCAAGAGUGGAGGAGAUUAGAGGGCUGCAAGUGAGCUCGGAGGCCCUGAGGAACACUCCAAACCCUCCUGGCACAAGGAGUGUCUGGUCCUGGAGUGUGACCUAUGGGGCUGCCCAUGGUCCCCACGUCCUCCCCUGGCUGCCCACAGGCUGGUCCUCCCAUGCUGCCGCCACCACCAUCACCUGCCUCCCUUGUCCCCUCACCCCCUCUGGUCCUUCUGACCCCACCGAUGCUGCUAUGAACUUUUUUUUUUUAAUGAUUCCAAAUAAAA